GCUUUAAAAGGGGCCAGGCAGCUCUGGCCAUCAAAACGGACCUUUGACCAGCCAUAGUUCAGCAUCUGCAUCUUGCACAGGCUCAGCUGAUGGUCAAGAAUUAAGCUAUCACCUGUGUCACAAUGGAAGAAAUGAAUACUUGUGCAGCCCAGAUGCAGAAGCCUAUAAAGACAGAGUGGAAUUCCCGGUGUGUCCUUUUCACUUAUUUUCAAGGGGACAUCAGCAGCGUAGUGGAUGAACACUUCUCCAGAGCUCUGAGCAAUGUCAAGAACCCCCAGGAAUGGAGCUCCUUGAGCCAGAAUGGAGAUGUGGUCCUGAGGAAUGACAGUGACAUGCCUCCAAAUCAGUGGCGUUUCUCUUCUCAUUGGACAAAGCCACAGCCAGAAGUAUCUUUUGCAAAUGGUAACGCCAACUGCAUCACGAAUGGGUUUGGUCCCCUGGCUAUGGAUCAGUACCCACUGCCCCUGACUGGGAGUCCCUCUGUUCAGCCUGGAGAGCUGUGGCAUUUCUCCUCCCCAACCAGUCCUGGCUCUCCAGAGUCUGAAUACCCUCGUGCCUUCUCCACUGGGCACCUGGUCCCAGAGGACCAGCCUGAUGGGAAAUAUGAGUCCUUCCUAAAUUUCCUCCAGCAAGAGAGAUGUGUAGCCCAUCCUCAGCAAUUUGCCAUGUGGGAGAAUUGCAACUCUGCCCAGGCAGCCAGAACCACGGGAUCACCCUUCAACCUGCCUUCUAGCUCAGCCCACUACAAAAAAUAUUUACGCCCAGAUCGUGGACCUGCCAGUGCCAGCCUUGCCAGCGCCAGCCUUGCCAGCGCCAGCCUUGCCAGUGGAAAAAGUCAGUCUCCAGAGAGAAGAAAAGAUUUCUUCUUUUACUGAACUUCGGUUUGAAGAAGAGAAUUCCCUUUUCCAAACCUUCUCAUUAUUUUCUACUGUGAAUCCAGAGGGUCUAGAGACAUCACUGUCCUUUUCUCUUUUUGCCACUAAAGAGCACUGAGUCUGGAGCAAAAUUUCUGUUUUCCCUAAAAUUGUAUACACUUCUCUUCCUUAGCACCUAUGCCCUAUGGCAUGGGUUUUCAAACUUGAUAAGUGAAUCCCCAGCAUAUAAAAUCAUUAGAAAAGCUGUUCAGGGAUGGGGAGCAUGGAGGCCCACCUGCUAGCUUACCCCACCCUGCCACUGCACCCACUGCUUGUCUACUUAGAAAUUAUAGUCCCCUUACUCUCACUAGCGGGGUCUUUCAAACCAAGACUGACUGUGGGGUAUCCUACGAGGUUGUCUCACUCUUCCAAUUGAAUAAAGAUACCAGGACCAGUCUGAAGCUUUCCAACCUUUACCAGACUGUGACUAGCUUCACUUCUGCCUUUACCAAAAUGAAAAUGAAAAUGGGGUGGGCAAGAUCCCUUGACAAUGGGUUGAAGCUGGCCAUUCCCUGCAUCCUCAGAGUCUGGAUGGAAGUGGAAAAGGUUUCAGGCUGGCCCUGAUGAAUGAAAUACUUUAACUUGGAAAAUUUGAUUUCUCAAUUCUAAAAAAGAGUGAUUCCAACAGGAAUUGCUGAGAAAUCUGAGGACUAACUUAUUGGAAGUUAGUUUUUUAGCAAACUGCCUUAUUCCAAGCUGAGCCUUGAGUAAGUUCUGUAUUCAGAGCAUGUCUCAGCUGCAGUUCUUUGAGUUCCUGUCUGCCCUUACUCUGAGGAUGAGGACUCUGGCAUCUGAUACCCCACAGGUAUUCAUCUGGACCUUGGCAGCACCUCUCGGCCUUCUACAGGGGCCAACCUGGCUUCUAUAAACAACAUAACCUUUCCUUUAGCUCUUUCACUGUUAAUAACAACUGGGAAAAUUAACUUCCUUUUCAGCACAGAACCAUUGGGGCCACCCAUGUAGACAACCCACAGUAUCUUAGAUGAAUUAGAGGUGAAAGACAAGGGUUGGUCCAAGACAUAGCGGCAGGACCUCCCUGCAGAUUGUUCCUGAUAAAAUGACAAAUUUCUCCAAACUCUUUCAUCUCUCUAAUCUAGUAGACAGCCUUGUGUCCACUGUGAGCUUGGAACUUACCAUGUGACAACCCUGGAAGACCCUGAUGUCAAUGUUCCCUAUUCACACCCCACUUGUUCCUGUGUAACAGCUCGAAGGGUGAAUAAUAAAACUUCACUUUUCUGGAA